CGGCCUCUUUUUUCCCGGAGGCUCUUGGGCCCUGCCGGCAGCUGGGCUUUCGUGCGCCGCGAUGAGGAAGGUGGUCCUGGUCACCGGGGCGAGCAGCGGCGUCGGCCGAGCGCUCUGCCAGCGGCUGCUGCAGGAGGAAAACGAGCUGCACCUGUGCCUGGCAUGCAGGAACCCGGGCCGCGCCGAGGCCGUCCGCGCCGCGCUGGUGGCCGCCCAGCCCUCCGCCCUGGUGAGCGCUGUGCAGGUGGACGUCUCCGACCCGCGCUCGGUGCUGCGCGCCGCCGCGGAGCUCAGGCACAGGUUCCGGAGGUUAGACUGUGUGUAUCUGAACGCGGGGAUCAUGCCCAGCUCACACCUGAACAUCAAAGUGCUUUUCUCCAGCCUCUUCUCAAGAAAAGUGAUUCAUGUGUUCUCCACAGCUGAAGGGCUGCUGACCCAGGAGGACAGGGUCACUGCCGACGGGCUCCAGGAGGUCUUUGCCACCAACGUCUUUGGCCACUUUCUCCUGAUUCGUGAGCUGGAACCGCUCCUCGGCCACAGCAACAGCCCAUCCCAGCUCAUCUGGACGUCGUCCCGCAGUGCCCGGAAGUCCAACUUCAGCCUGGAGGACAUGCAGCACAGCCGAGGCCGGGAGCCCUACAGCUCUUCCAAGUACGCGGUCGACCUCCUGAGCGUGGCCUUGAACCGGCGCUGCAACCAGCAGGGCGUCUUCUCGAGCGUGGUGUGCCCGGGGACCAUGGUGACCAACCUGACCUGUGAGAUCAUCCCGCACUUCCUGUGGACCCUGCUGACGCCCAUCAUAUGGCUGUUUCGCUUCCUUGCGAACGCCUUCACCCUGACGCCACACAACGGAGCCGAGGCCCUGGUGUGGCUCUUCCAUCAAAAGCCGGAGUCUCUCGACCCUCUGACCAAGUAUCUGAGCGCCACUACGGGCUUCGGAAGCAACUAUGUGAUGACCCAGAAGAUGGACCUCGACGAACACACUGCUGAAAAAUUGUUCCAAAACCUGCUGGAGCUGGAGCAGCGCAUCAGGGCUGCCGUGCAGGGCACCGACUAGCAAAGCGGAGGGCGCGGCGGCACACGCCCACGUCUGUCCCUCGCGGCGUGUGGGCGCCGUCGUUGGGGGUGCGCGGUGACCUCUCGCGGUCUCCCUCCCCCGCCCGGCACUCCCUCUGAGAACCCGGGCGCCUGUGUGUGCGCCCCUGAGAAAAGCUUCCUCAGGUCGCACAUCACUCCGCUGCGUCCUGGAACGGGGACCCCGUCACACUCGGACGGGGCGUGGCCUCGGGUAGCCGAGACACAGGCCCCCAUCCUCCUGCCAGGAGGAGGGAGGGUCUCAGCGGCGCCCCUCGUCCUGCGAGCAUUUUCUCAGGUCUUUCGCCUUAUUCUUCCACUGCUUCUAACAGUCCUCGGGUUCGGGGUCCCCGCUGCCGCCCGCAGGGGCCCAGUCCUGGAGCUCAGGGAUGUUGCGCUCGGACCACUUCCGGGUUCUCCCUCCUCGUUUUAAGUGUCCCGUUGUCAUUGCAGUUGGGUGGGCCUCACUCUGCACUGUCUGCAAAUGCGUUUGCUGCUGACCCACCUGUUCCCCUUUCCUUAUCCUUCCCCCGGGGCGUUUUUUUUCAUUGCUUUGACAGAGAUGGGAAGGGGGAAGGAGAGAAACGUUGGUUGGUUGCCCACCGGGGACUGAACGCGCAGCCUUUGUGGGCGCCGGGCGACACUCCAGCCAGUGGAGCCCCCGGCCCGGGCUGCGCGCCUGUGUUUUAAGGGGUGUAAACGCGCAUGAAACACGACUUCCUCACAUUGUUUCGAUAAGGUUUUACAGCUGAGUCAUUGCUGGCGGGCCGCCUGCUGGUGGCGGCGGUGGCCGAAGGUUCGUCCGGACUUUGUUUCUGUGAGAGGAAGACAAGACGCUGAAAUGCUUAGACUUUUUCACUUCAAAUAUCACCAAUUCCUGGGACAUAAUAAAGGGAGUGAAAUUUUGGAUGAGUCAAUAAAAAUGAAAAGUCCUCUACAAAUAUAAUUGCUAUGCAUUUUGAAGUAUGAAUUUUUGUUAG